ACGCGGAGCACAAACUCCCCAGCGGCCAAAGUGGCAGCGCCGUCUCCGCCACAACCCGGAGACACCUCUCUCCCUUCCUUCUCCAAUCCAAUCUGCCUUCUUCUUCCUCCUCUCCCACGCUGCGUGCCACCGCGCGCUGUAUAUAUAUACCCCCGGCGAUCCCACAUCUCCGGUCUCUCCGCCCACCGCCUCUUCCGAGCACACCCGUUGCAUACCCGCAUACGUAGACGUACUGCCGGGCUGCAGUUCGCGUGCUCUCCCCGGCGCGCGUGCUCGACCUGCUUUGCUGAUGUUCAUCUAAUAAUCCGCCGGCCAUUGAUCACGGAGCUCGCUUGACCGUGGAGAAGCAAAGAAAUUAAAUUUCGAUUUCGCUUGGUCAUUGGUCACGGACGCACCGUUCAUUCAGAUACUGAAACGGCAAGAUGGUUAACUUUGGAAAGAAGUUGGCGCAAGAUCAAGUAGAAGAAUGGAAAGGGUACUAUAUCAAUUACAAAUUAAUGAAGAAAAUGCUGAAGCAAUACGUUCAACAAACUCAAAUUGGUGGCAAAGAUUGCGAACAAAUACUUAAGGAGUUCUCAAGGAUUCUUGAUGAUCAGAUUGAAAGGAUCGUGCUCUUUCUGCUACAACAACAAGGCCACCUUGCUAGCAGGAUUGAGGAAUUGGGAGCACAGCGCUCUGCUAUUGCACGACAAGUUGAUACGUCAAGAGUUUUUCAACUCCGUGAGGAUUACAGAGAAGUUGGGAGAGAUCUUGUAAAGCUUCUCCGCUUUGUUGACAUGAAUGCUACUGGUCUGAGAAAGAUACUAAAGAAGUUUGAUAAGCGUUUUGGGUACAAGUUUACAGAUUAUUAUGUCACCACUCGUGCAAACCAUCCUUAUUCUCAGCUUCAGCAAGUCUUUAAGCAAGUGGGAAUUGUAGCUGUUGCAGGUGCGUUAUCGCGGAACCUUGCAUAUCUGGAGGAUGAGCAUCGUGGAAGCUUUUUAUCCAUCUAUGAUAAUCCGUCAGUUGUACUGAAGGACCCUAUCAUAGACCAAGUAAAUAACGCAGUGCAGAAACUCACACACGCGACGAACUUUAUGCAAUACUUGGGGCAACAUGCACUUAUCGUCCAAGAUGAUACUACAAGUGAAUCGGAGGAUACUGUCAAUGAUGAGAGCUAUCACUUCAUGUCUCUGAUGCUUAACCUUGUGAACACAUUUCUUUACAUGGUGAAUACAUAUAUCAUUGUGCCAACUGCAGACGACUAUUCAGUAAGCCUUGGAGCUGCCCCGACAGUUUGUGGCAUAAUUAUUGGAUCAAUGGCGGUCGCGCAAGUGUUUUCCUCCGUUUAUUUCAGUGCAUGGUCAAACAGGUCAUACUUCAGACCUCUAGUGUUCAGUAGCAUUAUGCUGUUCUCUGGGAACCUACUGUAUGCAUUGGCGUACGACCUGAAUUCGCUGACAGUUCUCCUGAUUGGCCGGAUACUAUGCGGGUUGGGUUCUGCAAGAGCUGUGAACCGUCGGUAUAUCAGCGACUGUGUACCUCUCAAGACCAGGCUACAAGCUUCUGCAGGAUUUGUCAGUGCUAGUGCUCUUGGAAUGGCAUGUGGACCUGGUCUUGCUGGUUUUCUUCAGACAAAAUUUACAAUAUACUCGCUCACUUUUAACCAGAGCACAUUGCCUGGAUGGCUCAUGUCCAUCUCUUGGCUUCUUUACUUGGUGUGGCUAUGGUUUUCAUUCAAAGAGCCCGAACACUUCGCUAAGGCUGCAGCCAGUGCAGCGGCAUCUGAAUCUAUAGGUCAUCAAGAAAGUGCUAAUUUGGAGGAAGGCCUAGCACAACCUUUGCUUAUAGCAGAAGACAGAAUGGAUGAGAAUUCGGAGGAUAAUGAUGAUACCACAGACUCCCAAAAAUCUCAUGAACCAGCAACAUCAUUUGUUUCAGCAUAUAAAUUGCUGACACCAUCUGUGAAGGUCCAACUAUUGAUAUACUUUAUGCUCAAGUAUGCGAUGGAAAUUUUGCUCUCCGAAUCAAGUGUCAUCACCACAUACUAUUUUAACUGGGAUACAAGUGCAGUGGCUAUCUUUUUAGCGAUUCUUGGGUUGACUGUUCUUCCAGUCAACGCCCUCGUUGGGAGCUACGUUACCAAUUGGUUUGAGGACAGGCAAAUUCUGUUGGCUUCUGAAAUCAUGGUUCUGAUUGGCAUAAUCAUGAGCUUCCGUUACACGCCUCACUACUCGAUCCCACAAUACGUCUCUUCGGCUCUCAUCACAUUUGUAUUUGCGGAGGUGCUUGAAGGAGUAAACCUAUCCCUGCUUUCACGGGUCAUGUCGUCAAGGCUCUCGCGAGGGACCUACAACGGCGGCCUCCUCUCGACAGAGGCUGGUACUCUGGCCCGCGUGGUCGCUGACGCGACGAUCACUGGAGCGGGUUACCUAGGAACGGACAUGCUUCUCAAUGUCACGCUGCUUCCGCCCCUUGUGAUCUCCAUAGUCUCCAUUGUUGCGACGUUCUGCACAUACAACACUCUGUUUUGAGGAGAGCUAAAGAACCGUUUUCUUCUUCUGAGGCAGAUCAGUCUUUCUUUCUGCCCAAUGUCCAGACAGUUAAAAUGGUUCCUGCCCACAUUGGGUUGUAUUCGUCUAUUUGAUUUUGAAGCAGUAGCAGAAUUGGUCUUCAGGCUCCAAUAAUCUUUGUAAAUGCCGACGUGUGCCUCCUAGAUGUAAGAAAAAUGUAUCGUACCAAUGUGCAUGGGGCAGAUGUAAUCUUGUUUAGAUCUGUAUCCCUGAACUCUCAAAAGGAAGGAAGAUUUGUACCCCUGAA